UUGAAGUCGUUAUUUUGUCUGCAAUCAUUUAAGAUUCUGAUAUUAAAGGCCUUAUACUGUUUGUGAAAUUGAAGUACGAGUACGAGUAUUUUUAAAAUUUGUUAUGAUUUUGCCAUAUUUGAUUCUACCGUCUCUUUUAUUUGUUUCGGUUAUAUUUGCUGAAGAAGAUGUUCUUUUGGAAAGGCUAUGCCAUCCAACCGAACGUCGUUCGCGAAAAACUUGUGAGUGUAAUAACGAAAUUGAAUCACCAUGGGGACUACCAGCGUUAAAAAUAGACUGCAGUUUCAAGGAUUUAAAAUCCCCCAACUUUCCGGGUGAGGUAUUGCCCUUGUACUCGGAUUCAUUCGAUAUAUCAUGGAAUAAGCUCGAAUACGUGCCAAGUUUUGAAAGUGAUAGUCUUAAAAUUCUUAACGCAAUGCACAAUAAUAUUUCGGAACUUGUGGAGAACAAUUUUAAGCAUUUAACUGCGUUGCGUGAACUUUAUGUAAGUUGGAAUGCCAUACAAACGAUUUCCGCAAAUGCUUUUGAUGACCUGAAAUAUCUACAAGUGCUUGAUUUGUCACAUAAUAAUAUCAAACAAAUUGGAUUUAAUGUCUUUAGUUUCCUGAGUUCGUUGGAAAAGCUGGAUGUUUCGUGGAACCGAAAUCUUAACAGCUCAAAUGGUGUGCAGAAACAUGACUUUUAUUUGCAGUAUGGCAUUCCUCUGAAGCUAGAUAGCUUGAAGUUGGAACGGUGUGGCCUUAAGGAUAUUAUCUUACCGGAAAAGGCCAUGCUAACGUUGUUAAGUUUGAGAGACAACGAAAUUGAAACUAUUCCUAGCGUACUGCCAUUAGGCCUUAAAGAACUCGACAUCAGUGGAAACCCCUUACCGAACCUCUUGGAAAACCAUACAAACAAACUUACUAAUCUGGAAAAUCUAUUCGUUGAGGACAUGCCAUCACUUACAACUGUUGGAAUCAAUGCUUUAGCUCAUCUGACAAAACUUCGCGCUUUAAGUUUCCAAAAUUGCCGCCAUCUGUCCUCAUUCCAUGAGUAUGCCUUCGGCGUGGAAGCAACCAAUCGCAGUUUGGAAGUCUUAAGUUUCCGUGGAUCUGCUCUACGUUCCUUUAACGAAACCCUACUACCAGUAUUCCAGGAGCUUAAAGAAAUUGAUCUUAAUGGAAUGCCAUUGAGAUGUGACUGUGACAUGGUUUGGAUAAAACAACUGAAAAUCGACACCCACGGCCGGUGCAUUAGUCCAUCCAGACUGCGUGGAGUCAAACUAACCGAUGUUCGAAGCAAGGACUUUUCAUGUGACCACUGGCCCAGGUGGGUGUAUGGAUGUUUGAUUCUAAUAACACUCAUAAUUUGUGCAGCUGGGAUAAGCUUAGUUGUUAUGGGAUUACGACCAAGGUCUAACAGAGUUGCGAUGAGAAGAAAAGUUGGAUCAAACAGUCCUUAUGCAAGAGUUACAAUCGAGCCCAAUCGACAGGAUAACAGUUAUUAUUAAUAUUUGAUUUAUGUAUUAAAAAAAAUAUUAUUUAAGUGUACAUUUACAAAAUAAUAUAGCUAGAUGGUGUGAAAAUUAAUUGUGUGUGACUAAUUUAAUUUAUUAAUAAAUAAUAAUAAAUGCGA